AUAAUCUGAUAAGUAACAGGUGCCAAGAGCUUGCACAUCUCGAAUACACAGAAUACAUACACACAUUGUUGCAUUUGUUGCUGGUUUGUUGUUGGGGCGCUUCCAAAUUCAAAACCAUGGCCACGGAGGAACAUCAACGACUGGCCAACAUUGUGAAGAGCUGUCACGACAGUCUGCGGCAACUCACCAAGCUGCAUGGCGCCGAACGUGCGUGGCAGGAACACACGGGGCCGCACAAUGCCGCAAAGUUGGCGGAAUAUGCGGAUGCAAUGCAGCAGCUAGCAGGCAUAUGGGAAACGAACACCAACAAGACAGAACUGCAGGCACGCAGUCGCAUCAAGUGGGCCAUCGACUACAUCACCAAAUACUUCUACACUGAGGGCAUCUAUUUGCAAAAGCGACAGCGGGAACAGCGUCUCUUGGCCUCCUAUACUGAGCUGGCUGAGGCCGAGUGCACGUUCAUGGAUGAGCCGCCAGACAGGCUUUGUGUGCUAGACGUGGGCAGCUGCUUCAACCCGUUUGGCAACACUCCACAUCUGGAAGUCACCGCAAUCGAUCUCUGCCCGGCACAAGGAGCUUUAGUGCUGCAGGCAGACUUCCUCACAGUUGACGUGGAUGCCCAGCUAACGGAGCCUGAAAUCAGUGAGCAGAGCGUCAAGAAACUACCUGCUAACUACUACCACUGCGUCAUCUUUAGCCUCCUGCUGGAGUACAUGCCCAGCGCAGAGCAGCGAUUGCUUUGUUGCCGCAAGGCCUAUGAGCUGCUGCGUCCCGAGGGCAUUCUGGUCAUAAUCACACCCGACUCUCAGCAUGUGGGCAAGAACGCUAGCCUCAUGAAGAACUGGCGAUUUGCCCUCGCCAAGCUGGGACUGUUGCGUGUGCGCUUCGAGAAAUUGCCGCACAUCACGUGCAUGGUCUUUCGGCGAGCAAUCAGUCAAGAGUUAUCCCAACACUGGGCCAGUGUACAUCGUGAGGAAGGCAUUUGCGAGGCCAUACAAAUACCGCAGGAUGAACAUUAGAUAAGAUUCCUCUUAGUGUAUGUAGUAAGUGUAUCUUUAAUCUAUAAAUGUACCUCAGUAUGAAGAAAUAA